AUGCUCUCACAGGUUUGCUUAGAUGUCUGGGGAACCAUGUCUGAUAAUAUACAGAAACUUUACAAAGCAACGCAAGUUUGGAAUGACGUCUUUAUCUGCGAUGAACGUGUUCAGAUAGGAGGAAUUGCCUAUAUCAUGGACCUCGGAGGAGUUAGGAAAAGGGAAUUUAUGAAAAUGCAAGAUCCAGAGGCAUCGAAAAUGGGCACAAUGUAUUACCAGAUACUACUGCUGCAGAAGGAUUUAAAGCCAGCUUAUGAAAGCGUGCCUGGCUUGGAAGAAUUGAUGCCCUCGGAAUACAAUGGAGGCAACGGUUCUUAUGACGAGAUCUGUGAACGAAACAUCAAGGAAUUCUCCACAAUACCGACGAAUUAUCUGGACUUUGGCAUAUCCAUCGACGAAACAAAGCGACCUCACAUUUCAAAGAAUUUGAUGCGUGUUUAUAAAGAUCUCCCGCCGGAGGUAAUGGGAACCAGUGGAAAUUACGUAAAAAUUGAUGACGAAAUUUAA